CCCUCAACUCUACAUUGGAUUCGGCCAUUUCACUUCACCGGCAAACAGCACCGAGCGAGCUGCGGGAAGGCGUCUGAUAACACCCGAAGAUGAGUGACCAAGCUAUUUCCUUCGCCAAGGACUUUCUGGCUGGUGGUAUCGCCGCUGCCAUCUCCAAAACAGCUGUAGCCCCCAUUGAGAGAGUCAAGCUUCUUCUCCAGGUACAACAUGCCAGCAAACAGAUUGCUGCUGAUAAGCAGUAUAAGGGCAUCAUCGACUGUGUUGUCCGUAUCCCCAAAGAGCAGGGCUUCCUCUCUUUCUGGAGAGGGAAUCUAGCCAACGUCAUCCGAUACUUCCCCACUCAGGCCCUCAACUUUGCAUUCAAGGACAAGUACAAGAAGGUUUUCCUGGAUGGUGUGGACAAGCGCACACAGUUCUGGAGAUACUUUGCAGGUAACCUGGCAUCUGGUGGUGCUGCAGGAGCCACAUCGCUGUGUUUCGUCUACCCCCUCGACUUUGCUAGAACUCGUCUCGCUGCUGAUGUCGGCAAAUCGGGAGCUGCGCGUGAAUUCAACGGCCUGGGAGACUGCUUGGUGAAGAUCUUCAGAUCUGAUGGCCUAAAGGGUCUGUACCAGGGCUUCAGUGUAUCAGUGCAGGGCAUUAUCAUCUACAGAGCUGCAUACUUUGGCGUCUAUGACACAGCAAAGGGCAUGCUUCCAGACCCCAAGAACACACACAUUGUUGUGAGCUGGAUGAUUGCUCAGUCCGUGACUGCCGUUGCUGGUCUUGUGUCCUAUCCCUUUGACACCGUCCGUCGUCGUAUGAUGAUGCAGUCUGGACGCAAAGGAGCCGACAUCAUGUACUCCGGCACCAUUGACUGCUGGAGGAAGAUCGCACGUGACGAGGGCUCCAAGGCCUUCUUUAAAGGAGCAUGGUCUAACGUGCUCAGAGGCAUGGGUGGUGCCUUUGUGCUUGUCUUGUAUGAUGAGCUUAAGAAAGUCAUCUAAGCUGAUUUUGUAUAACCACUGUUCAUGUUGUGAAGUUUAACUGUAACAUAUCUUGUACAUUUGAAAGGACUUAAAUGCCGAGCUAUAUUUAUAGGGACCAACUAGUAUUUUUUUACUAGUUGUACCGGGGUAAUCUGUUAUGCAUUUGUCUUCUCUUGGCCCAUGAUUUUUUUUUUCUUUUUUUUUUGUUGUUUUGCCCUCCACAAGAAUUUCAUUCCCUGACCAUAGGAACCUUGCCAGAAAAAGAGAAAUAAAGGCAACCUACUGAGUAAACCUCACGCCUGGUUUUGAAAACUAA